AUGUUUACUAUGGUAAAUGGAUUUCGAAACUAUAGUGAACAAGCAAUACAAGCUGCACGGUAUAUUGGUCAAGGUUUUAUGGUAACCUUAGAUCAUAUGAACCGGUUACCAAUGACUAUUCAAUACCCUUAUGAAAAGUUAAUUCCAUCUGAGCGUUUUCGUGGACGUAUUCAUUUUGAAUUUGACAAAUGUAUUGCCUGUGAAGUAUGUGUUCGUGUAUGUCCAAUUAAUUUACCCGUUGUUGAUUGGGAAUUAAAAAAAGAUGUAAAAAAAAAACAAUUGAAAAGUUAUAGUAUUGAUUUUGGAGUUUGUAUAUUUUGCGGAAAUUGUGUUGAAUAUUGUCCUACAAAUUGUUUAUCUAUGACUGAAGAAUAUGAACUUUCAAUUUAUGAUCGUCAUGAUUUAAAUUAUGAUCAAAUUGCUUUAGGACGAUUACCUAUUUCUGUAAUUGAAGAUUCUACAAUUAAAACUAUUUCAAAUUUAAGUUAUUUAUCUAAAGGAAGUAUAGAAGGACAUUCUAAUUCAAGAAAUGUUACAAAUUUUUGA